AUGCUGGAGGAGCUGGCGGCCAAUGACGCGCGUGAGCUCCUGGACUCGAUGGCACAAGGCCCCCACGACUCGCAGGCGCUGUGCCGAGGGAGCGAGGCCUUGCUGGAUGCAGCCCAGGAAUGGCUUGCGAAGGGCUUCUUCGGGCAAACAGUGAAGCAGCUGGGAACGGCCUUUGUGGAGAUGGCACACCUGCACCAAAGGUUUGCCGCUCCGCAGUCGGAGGGGUUUGGGGCCGUGCUGCUCGAGGCUCAGCAGCGGACCUCCGGGGCGGUGGCGGCCUUGUCCGUGAACGACACGGUGCGACAGCUUUGGUCCAAGUGGAAGAGCUCCAACUGUGCGUCUCAGACCGGAGCCGAGAGUCUGCUUCAGACCGGGGCCGGGGCCGCUUCUCACCGGCCCCGGCACCGGAGACACCGGCCCCCACCGCCCUACUACGGCCCCCCAUGGACCACCACCACCCCAUCCUGGUGGACCACGGCCCCACCACCCCCUACCACUACGCCUUGCAACCAGAGCGAGCCCGAGUGGGCGAAGAGGCUCGAGGCGCAGCACGAGCAGCUCAUGGACAACCAGUUCACGCUCCACAAUGAGUCCAUGGAUCUUGAUGGCAACAUCAACCAGACCGUGGAUAACCUGCAGGAAGGGCUGCUGCAGCAGCCAGAGCCCCCAGCGCCCACGCCUCCUCCAGGGGCCUGUGAUCCGGGCGUCAACUUGACCGGACCGGUGUGCUACGAAUCGCAGAUGCCCUGCCAGCUGACCAUCAGCAACGACCCCGCCCGCGCCGCAGCGCAAGGCGAGAUCAUCCCUGGCUGUCUGCUCUUGAAGAACCGGAGCCAGGAGCUCUUCCAGUAUUGCAACGAUGCAAGCGAGGACCGGGAGCUUAUGGUGGGGGCCUGCAGUGCGAACCUGAGCUUCCAG